AUGAGAAACUUUUUGGAUCUAACUCUGAUGGGAUCUGAUUUUGGUGGGGUCACAACCAAAGUAUAUUGUAAGCCCAUAGCUGGCAACUCCCUUUUGCAUGGGAAUAGUUGCCAUCCGAGACAUACACCUUUCGCUGUUGCCAAGGGUCAGUUCACACGCCUACAGCGGAACUGUACUUUAUGGGAUGAUUAUAAGAAAGAGGCUGAUUUGUUGGAGCUCAGACUUCUGGAGAGGAAGUAUAAGGCACAUGACAUCAAGAGUGCUAGGAAAGCUGUAGAAGGAUGCCAACAGAGCUCUGGGCCAGUAAACCCAUUUCCUGUUCCGAUGCCAGGUUCCGCAGGGCUGGGAGGACAAGGAGGAGAGCUUUUACCACACUUCCUUCUGGAACCUGAGAACGUCUUCAUUGUGAAGAACAAGCCAGUGACCCUAAGCUGUAAAGCCACCCCAGCCACACAGAUCUACUUCAAGUGCAAUGGGGAAUGGGUGCACCAGACUGAUCAUGUGAUCCAGCACAGCGCAGACCGCACCACAGGCCUGCCUGUUAUGGAAGUGAGAAUAGACAUCUCUCGUCAGCAAGUGGAAAAGAUCUUUGGUUUGGACGAAUACUGGUGCCAUUGUGUGGCAUGGAGCUCGUCUGGCACAUCCAAGAGUCAGAAGGCCUUUAUCCGCAUUGCAUACCUGAGGAAAAAUUUCGAGCAAGAGCCGGUGUCCAGGGAAGUGUUGUUGGAUCAGGAGGUGACAUUGUUGUGUCCCCCAGAGGGGAUACCACCUGCGGAGGUGGAAUGGCUGCGUAAUGAAGAUAUUUUAGAUCCUGAUGUGGACUCAAAUAUUUACAUUGGUUCUGACCAUAGCCUGGUUCUAAGACAAGCACGUUUGGCUGACACUGGAAAUUACACCUGUGUGGCCAAAAAUAUUGUAGCUAGACGUAGGAGUAACUCUGCUGCUAUAACUGUAUAUGUAAAUGGUGGUUGGUCAUCCUGGACUGAGUGGUCUCCCUGUAGUACAACCUGUGGAAGAGGGUGGCAGAAAAGGAGUCGAAGUUGCACCAACCCAACACCACUCAACGGAGGUUCUUUCUGUGAGGGGCAGAACAUCCAAAAAACCGCCUGCACAACACUCUGCCCAGUGAGCGGAGGAUGGGCAGAGUGGAGCUACUGGUCAGCUUGUGCCUCAGACUGCACCCAGUGGAGGAGCAGGGACUGUACCCAGCCUCCCCCAAGGAAUGGGGGCCAGCAGUGCCAGGGACCUGAGACAGAGACCAGAAACUGCACCAGUGAACUCUGCAUGCACACUGUAAUCAUGCCUCUGAACAUUGUGAAUGCAAAUAUAGCUGUAGGUGCCCCUGAGGAUGUUGCUAUGUACGUCGGAGUGGUUGCAGUGGCAGUGUUUUUGGUGCUACUGCUGGCAGUUAUACUGGUGUGUUGGCGCAGAAAGGAGGGACUUGACGCAGACGUAGCGGACUCCUCCAUCCUUACAGCCGCAUUCCAGCCUGUCAGUCUCAAACCAGGCAAAGCAGGCCAGGCCCAUUUAUUGACCAUUCAGCCUGACUUAAGUACAGCAACCAUGACCUAUCAGGGAUCCCUCUGUCUCCGUCAAGAUGGGAGCAACAAGUUUCAGCUGACCAAUGGCCAUCUUCUGCCACCUAUGGGCCCAGGCAUUCCACGCGAGCACAGCCACACUUUACCUCGUCUCUCUACACAAAACUAUUUCCGUACAUUGCCCAGGGGAGCCAGCAACAUGGCAUACGGAACCUUCAACUUUCUAGGGGGACGCCUGAGGAUCCCAAAUACAGGUCUUAGCCUGCUCAUACCUCCAGAUGCAAUUCCCAGGGGAAAAAUCUAUGAAAUCUACCUGACUGUACACAAACAGGAGGAUGUGAGGUUACCUCUAGCCGGCUGCCAGACGCUUCUGGGCCCCAUCGUCAGCUGUGGGCCACCUGGAGUCUUACUCACUCAACCAGUUAUCCUGUCAAUGGACCAUUGCAUUGAACCCAACCCUGAGAACUGGACAGUGCGUCUGAAGAAGCAGUCCUGUGAAGGAAGCUGGGAGGAUGUCCUGCAGCUUGAUGGGGGAAGCCCAUCUCACCUGUACUACUGUCAUAUGGAGUCUCGCGGCUGUUACUUGUUCACUGAGCAGCUGGGACGCUUCGCUCUGGUGGGAGAGUCGCUCAGCAUGUCAGCCACAAAGCGCCUGAAGCUGCUGCUCUUUGCUCCAUCCUCUUGCAACACUUUAGAGUAUAGCUUACGUGUUUACUGUAUCACAGACACACAAGAUGCCAUAAAGGAAGUGAUACAACUUGAAAAACAGCAGGGGGGGCAAUUGAUAGAUGAACCACGGCUCUUACAUUUUAAAGACAGUUACCACAAUCUGCGCCUCUCUGUGCAUGACAUGCACAGCACCAUGUGGAAGAGCAAACUCCUGGCCAGUUACCAGGAGAUACCAUUCUAUCAUAUUUGGAAUGGAUUACAUCAGAACCUUCACUGUACAUUCACUCUGGAGCGCUUCAGUCUCAGCACCUGUGAACUCUCCUGUAGGGUCUGGGUGUGGCAGGUAGAGGGCGAUGGUCAGAGUUUCAACAUCAACAUCAACCUCAACAAGGAUGCUCAUCCAUCAGAGAUCUUGUUGGAGGAAGGAGAGAAGGAAACUGCAGCUCUGGUUGGUCCAAGCGCAUUCAAAAUUCCCUUUUUGAUGAGACAGAAAAUCAUAACAAGCUUAGAUGAGCCUUUGUCUCAUGGAGCUGACUGGCGAGUAUUAGCUCAGAAACUAAAGCUGGACAGCAAUUUGGGAUUCUUCAUCUCUAAAUCAAGCCCAACUGCCAUCCUCCUAAAUAUGUGGGAGGCACAGAACUUCCCCAAUGGGAACUUGACACGACUGGCAGCUGCUGUGGCUGAUAUUGGCAAACAAGACUCUCUCCUGUACAUGAUGUCAGAGGCAGAGUGCUGA